CGGGCGAGCGUUUCCGGGCGGCAGCGGAAGGACGGUUCUGCGGGAGGGCCCGGGCGAGCAGCGCAGAGCCGGCGGCGGCGGCGGCAGCAGCAGCUCAGCCGGGGGCUCCGGCCGCGGAACAUGGGGCGAUAGGAGGGGGCGCCGGAAGCUUUUGGAAAAUGGCCUCUCCAUUCACUGGGCCCACAGCAGUUGCUGAUGUAAUUAAAGAUCUAGACACUCAGAUAGCUCUGGUUGGUCUGGGUCCUCACAACCCCAAAAAGAAGCAGGAUCUUGACAAGCUGUAUGAUUUAAAGACUAAAGCCCAGCAGAUUAUGAACCAGUUUGGCCCAUCUACCUUGAUCAACCUAUCCAGUUUCUCCUCGAUAAAGCCAGAACCAGCCAACACGCCACCACAGAGCUCCAUGGCAAACAGUACCGCUGUGGCAAAGAUGCCAGGGACUCCUAGUGGAGGGGGACGCCUAAGUCCUGAAAGCAACCAGGUUUUAACCAAGAAGAAGUUGCAGGAUCUGGUGCGAGAGGUGGAUCCCAAUGAGCAGCUGGAUGAGGAUGUGGAGGAGAUGCUGUUGCAGAUUGCUGAUGAUUUCAUUGAGAGUGUGGUGACAGCUGCCUGCCAGCUUGCCCGACAUCGCAAAUCAAACACUCUGGAAGUGAAGGAUGUCCAGCUGCAUCUCGAGCGCCAGUGGAACAUGUGGAUCCCUGGUUUUGGUUCUGAAGAAAUCCGGCCAUACAAAAAAGCCUGCACUACAGAAGCUCACAAACAGAGAAUGGCACUGAUCCGCAAAACAACCAAGAAAUAACCCCUGGGAGUAGCAGGGAGACAACUGUGCGUUUGGGGAUAUCUGCCUCUAAGCUGAAGCCUCCAUGACACCAUCCAUGGGAUAUUUUUUUUAAUGCUUUACAGAGAAGCAUAUAUUUUUUAUUAACAGUGCAGCAAUAUCUAUGACUUUGAGGAGAUCGGCCAAAAAACAUGAUAUGCCCCCCCUUCCUCAGCCCCCCAUCAGAGCGCAUCGUAUCUUGAAACAAAGACUUUAUUUGUGACCUUUAAAGUGGUUUAUUGUAUAAGUGAUUGAUUGUCCAAGGAACAGAGCAUUUUGGUCUUGUUUGGGACAGUAUUAGAAGCAUCUGUAGAGGUUUUCGUUUUCCCCCUUCCCUCCUGCCAGUUCCAGUACUUUGUAAUGUCAAUGUUUAUAUAAAUACUUGCAUUUGUUUUACAUUAAUAAAGAAAUUAUUAAUCUAAA